ACCGAGUGCCUGCCCGGGGCAGAGCCGGGGCAAAGCCGCGCUGGAAAGCCGGGAGAGGCUGCUCAGAGCUGGCCCGGGGACUUGGGCACCUGGGAGACAGAGCCUGGCUCUGAACUGACACUGAGCCAAGUACCUGAGAAAUGACAGCAGGUUUAGAAAGACCUUCCCACUUCAUUAUUCUGUAUUUUCUCAAUGAAAGAAGGAAUGAGGAGGAAUUUUCAAUGUUCAUUUUAUGUUUUGUUUUUUUUCCCCUUUAAAAGGAAUUCCAUUGUUUUUUGUUAUUUGUGGUGAUGGAUGGGCUGGGAAAAUUGUUGGUAAUGGACAUUUUUAUUCAAAAUAUUUUCAAAACUAAAAUUUGACAAGUCCAGACUUUGACUCCAACAGCCGUGUUUGGUUCUAGGCUGCUCUGCUUUUUACAGUGAGAUCUCAGUAAUUGCAAAUGCAGCAGUCAAAGCCCUUGAAACAUGGAAAAGCUGAGAAUCAGGUUAAAGCCCUUGGAGAGGUUGCUCUGUCUGUACAUUCCACAUCUCCCCUGGUGUCUGUUCAGCCUCUCCACUCCUGUCUUACAUGCACAUUGCUGUAUCCAUGCUUUUAUAGAUAGAUACAUACAUGUAUCAUUGUAUAUACAGCUCUCUUGGAGUGAGUUAUUGUGAUGGUACAUUCCAGGAUCCUCAGCUUUGUGUUCAGAGAAUGGUUCUCUCUGGGGAGCCUGAGACAGGAUAUGUGGGGGGCCAGGGCAGUGAGAGGAUCCUUGUUCGCUGCGCAGGCGUUUUGAAGCCUCACUGCUCGGGUUUUCUGCAGCUCUCUCUGGGCACCGUGGUUUUCUGUUUGGCUGAAAAGCUUGUUUGGACCAGACAAACAAAGGAUUCUUUCCCUUUCCUUGGUUCAGAGAGGCUGCAGCGGCGGGCCCUGGAGUGCCUGGAGGCGAACUGAGCAGCUUCUUUUUGGGAGCCCAGGGCCUCCGCGCCAGCAGGAGCGGAGUGGCGCCACUGCAGCCCAAAGCCACUGCGAGCUGGGCCGAGCCAGGAGAGAAAACACCCCGAGGCUUCAUCCCCGCUGCUUCGCCUGCUGGGACUUCCCCGCGGAGCCCAGCUGGGGAGGAAUUCAACACCAGAACCACCCAUAAGGGAAGCCCUGCGAGUGCCCCGAGUGCGGGAAGAGCUUCGUGCGCUGUUCCAGCUCCACCCCCCAUGGAAGGAUCCACGUUGGAUGAUGCCCAGGGAUCCCUGUUGGGCAGAGCCCUGGUGAUCCCUAUUCCAGGCGUUUUCCAGGAGAUGGUUAAGUCCGAGUGUCACUUCAUUAACGGCACCGACAGCGUGAGGUUCGUGAAGAGGUUUAUCUACAACCGGGAGCAGUUCCUGCAUUUCGACAGCGAUGUGGGGCUGUUUGUGGGGGACACCUCCUUUGGGGAGAAGGUUGCCAGGUACUGGAACAGUGACCCGGAAUGGAUGGAGUACAGACGGGAUGCGGUGGACAGGCACUGCCGGCACAACUACGAGUUGUCCACCCCGUUCCUCGUGGAGCGCAGAGUGCCCCCCAGCGUGUCCAUCUCCCUGGUGCCCUCGAGCUCCCACCCUGGUGCCAGCCACCUGCUCUGCUUAGUGAUGGAUUUCUACCCUGCCAAGAUCCAGGUGAGGUGGUUCCAGGGCCAGCAGGAGCUCUCGGGACACGUGAUGGCCACUGAUGUGGUCCCCACCGGGGACUGGACCUACCAGCUCCUGGUGCUGCUGGAAACUGUCCCCCAGCGUGGGGUCAGCUACAGCUGCCAGGUGGAGCACGUCAGCCUGGAGGAGCCCCUAAGCCGGCACUGGGGUAUGGCCUGGCCCCCACAGCGCCGGGUCAUGGGGGAGAGAGACCAGGGGGACUGGGAGGAGAGUUGAUAGUAACCGGGAGUGAUUGGGAGGGAGUUUGAGGGAGCCAGGGAGCAACUAGGAGAAGGGUUUGGAUGGUCUGGGAGGGCAGAGAAGAGGUUUGGAGGAUGCUGGGAAGACUGGGAUGCAAUUAGAGGUUUCCUGGGGGCUGCUGGGAGGCAACUGGGGUUCCAGUGCAGCUGGGUGGAACUAGAAGGGAGCAUGCUGGAG